CUUUCGCACGGUACGCAAUAAGAUAAGCUGGCGCCUAAAGUAUACAUUUUUGUGAGCACAAAAGAUCGUCAAUUAUCUGUUAUUGUCAUUCCUAUUUUUAUUUUACCAAGUUACUUUUCAUCGUUGCGUCGUACGUCUCGAAACCCGUGUGGAAUGCGCUUUCGUUCACGUUGCGUAAACGUACUGCAUGAAAACUGAACAGUCAGAAUACAUCGGACAAAAGUGCGUAGAAUUAAUUAUCACUUUUGAUUAAAUGAUACAAAGAAACGUAUAAAGAGUCGGGCAAGGAGUCAUCUGCGUCAGUUGGAGGUCAAUCCAAUACGUGCCGUACGUCCAGUAAAAUGGCAGGCUCUCUGCUUUACGUCACACGCGUUUUAUUUUUAUUUCUCGUUAACUCGAUCGUCGUACAUUCUGUGCCCGCGAAUAAGUCUGUGCAGAACGUACCUGAACCUUUGAUUGAAAGUGCCUUGAACUUCUUGAACCAGUACUCCCCGACGCAUCACACGUACAAGGGCGGUAACCUGAUCAACGCGCAAGAAUUGGAUGAAUCACCGUACGUGAUAUACAGGCUCACCUUCGAUUUAACUCCUAUUUGCAAGGAAACGUUAGAACCUUGUCCCAAGGAGACGUGCACGAUUGACGUGAAGAAACAUGAACUGGGAGACAUACACGUUCUGAGAGAAUCCACUGUGUGCAUGUAUCUGAUGCAGGAUGAUAUACUGCAGGAGAACACUCAGAAUCAGGAUCAAGUCGUCGACAAUGUUGAAAAGCAAAUCAUUGCUAAUCAGACUACUGUACCCGACGGUGAGACUCAGAAUAAUGAUCAUAACGAGAGUCCGUUUAUAGCCAAUAGGAUCUCCGAUCCCAAUUAUUGUCCCGGAUGUCCGUACGAACUAAAUCCAAACUUACCCGGGCUAGCUGUUUUUGGGGAACAAGCUGCAAGAUCAAUGGAUGAAUCGAUACGUAAUGAUUUCAAGCACAAAGUGGUCGAGAUCGUUCAAGUACACCGUGCUGUCCCACCUUCGUCUAACGUUGUACAGUAUCAAAUUUUGUUACGCUUAGGAGAAUCUGAUUGCCUGAAAAAUGCAGUAGAUCAGCCAGAGUGUUCAUUACUAGAGAAUCAUCCUAUCAAGUUGUGCUUGGUAACGUUCGAAGAACAACCCUGGCAACAGUCUACUCGUAGAAUAACGAGGAACAAUUGUACUACGAAUGACAAUGCAGAGAUUAACAUUGAGAGAAAAGAGAACGUUGAUUCUUAUUCGGGAUUAGCCAGUCAAUCGCUUGUGACACCGGGACCCAAGAGAGAAGAAACGAAUCGUGAAAAAUCGGAAGCUUUGGAAAAUUUGAGAGAUUCGCUGGACGACUAUACCACUGCGACGAUCAGAAAGAACGCAGAAUCGGAUCUAGCUGAGGUCACGGAGCACCCUAUUCUGAAAGUUAUUUUAAAUAAGACCGAUGACGAUACCAUGGUCGAAGGAUUCAAGGAUAGAGCUAAGGAAUUCGGAGAAUUUCUGCAAGACUUCGAUCUGCCAACAAGAGAGACGCUUCCAACUUCAGAACCCGACAAAGAGGAAGUUAAGGAAGAGAUCAUUUACCCGAAGAAGGUAGACAGUACGAUCGAUAGAAAGAAGUCUGUUUACAGAAGGAAAAGAUCGGGUCUCGUUGGUGCGCCGAGUACCAAGAACAUCGACGAUCCCUACAUACAGGAAAUCGUUCAAAAAGGGUUGCAGAAAUUCUCGGAAAAUUCCGAGGGUUCGAACGAACCUAUGAUAGUACAAAUCGUCGAAGCUUCUGAACAAGUAGUAUCUGGAACGUUAUACAAAGUCAAGGUCAAGUUAGGUACGAGCAAUUGUCCGAAGGGCACUAAAAACAAUUGUCAACUAAAGGAAGGAAGCGAGGUCAAGGAUUGUCUGAUCACCGCUUGGUCUCAGCCGUGGAUAGACCACGGAUCUCCUAAGAUCACCGUCAACUGCGACUUGAGCAACAAUCGACGCAAACGAUCGUUGAAGGGUAGUCAGUACAGUGAAAAGAUGUUGAGAAUGGCCGAAGAGAUCGAACACGAGGGCAUGUUCGAGGAUUUCAUUAAGAAAUUCAAUAAGACGUACGAUUCACCGAGAGAGACACAAAACCGUUUUAAAAUUUUUCGACAGAAUCUAAAGCUGAUCAAAGAUCUGCAAAUGUUCGAGCGUGGAACAGCCGAAUACGGUGUAACGAUGUUCGCAGACUUAACACCGAAAGAAUUCAAAGCUCGUCACUUGGGCUUUCGUCGCGAACUAAGAUUGGAGAACGACAUUCCUCUCGCGCAGGCCGCAAUACCGGACAUUCCUCUGCCACCUAAAUUCGAUUGGCGUGAUCACGGUGUAGUCACGCCUGUCAAAGAUCAAGGACAGUGUGGAUCGUGUUGGGCAUUUUCCGUGACUGGAAACGUGGAGGGACAAUACGCGAUCAAACAUGCAAAAUUGUUGUCGCUCUCCGAACAAGAGUUGCUCGACUGCGACACACUCGACGAAGGGUGCAACGGCGGAGAGAUGACAAACGCUUACAAAGCAAUAGAAGCGUUAGGUGGCCUCGAAACGGAAUCCGACUACCCGUACGACGAGAAAGAUGAAAAAUGUACCUUCAAACGGGACGAAGCCAAGGUUCAAGUCACCUCGUCCGUAAACAUUACGACGAACGAGACACAAAUUGCACAGUGGUUAGUUAAACACGGCCCGAUCUCGAUCGGAAUCAAUGCAAAUGCCAUGCAGUUCUACAUUGGCGGAGUCUCGCACCCUCCCCACUUCUUGUGCAGCCCCACGGACUUGGAUCACGGGGUGUUGAUCGUUGGAUACGGUAAAAGCAAAUAUCCUAUCUUCCACAAAGAAUUACCAUAUUGGAUAAUAAAGAACAGCUGGGGCGCCAGUUGGGGAGAGCAUGGCUAUUACAGAGUUUACAGAGGCGACGGUACCUGCGGAGUCAACAUGGAGGCUACAAGUGCUAUGGUCGCAUAGCAAAAAUGCCUUUUAUAACUAAUAUUUAACUUCUCCGCAAUAAAGUUAUAUUUUUUUUUACUAACUCAAAUACGAACGUUAUAGUCGCUUGUAUUCUAAACAACUUCGUAUAACAUGUUUCAGAGAGCAAAUAUAUCAUAGACACUCGAUUCGUUAAGUAAAAUUGCAAGCCUGCGAUAAAUAUUAUAAGGAUAUGAAGUUUCCACAAUUAUAAUUACUUAGAGUCAUAAUAACGUUUUCAUAAUAAAGAGAUAAACGUGUUUGUUA